GGAGACAGACGCACGCGGCCGUCGCAGAAGCAGCAAGAGAAAUACAUAAAAAACAAAAUACACAUACUCUCACACAUGCACACAAACACACGCACACCUUUUAGUCCAAAACUAGAAAGAAAACAAAAACAACAGUUAAAAAAAAAAAAAAUAAAAUAAAGACACACACAAAGUGGUAGAAGAAGCAGCCGUAGCAAAGAAGGCGAAAAAAAGUGACUUGUUUUUUGUUUGCAUGUAUUGCGCCGACGUUGACGUCGGCGUCGCCGUCCGUUUUAUACGUGUUGGUAUUAAGAUCGGCGGCGUCGUGUGGAAAGACACACAUACACAAACAAAAACUAACUGCUAGUCAGUGUGACUAGCGAAAGAAGCAGCUGAAGUACACAGAAGCCCAGCAGGGCUUUACAUAUGUAUGUACAUAUUGACAACAACAAAAACAGCAACUGCGUUUGUUUCUGUGUGCGCACGUACAUAACUGUAUGUACAUAUGUAUUUUGUAUGUAUGUGUGAAAAAGAAAGUGCAAUAAAAAAAAAAUUGUGAAAAGCAGCCAACAGCAAAAACAACAACAAAGUGCAAUGUGUUAAAAACAAAAUAACAAAAACAAAAGAAACAGUUAAGCUUUGCGCGCCAAGGCAAGUCGAAGGAUCAACCUGUUGCUGUAAAAAAAAGCUUUAAGCGCUGGCAUUUCUCAUUUGUUGCUGUAUAACCAAUGUGUGUCUAACCAGAGAAUGCAGUGCCAUCAGCUCCGCAACGACAACAACUGGAAUUGAUAGCAAAUAGAAAGCAACUCGCCCGCUUUAAAGUUAUUUAAGCAACGGUCUCUCGAUCGAUAGAGAAAAUUGUUACUUUUUUUGAGAGAUCAAAGACAAGAACCUCAUCAACAUGCAGGUGCCCGAGCACGUCGUCUCCCUAUAUAUAGCCACCUGCGGCCAGAACGGGCCCGGUCUCGGCUCCGAUGAGAAGGAAAUCAUUCUGCUGGUCUAUGUUCUGCUGGAAGUGGCCACGGGACAGAUCAUUGGCACCAAACAAAUACUCGUACGCCCUGAUGGCUACUUCAUUAAGGAUCGCACCAUAUCUAGCUCAUCGGACAACUCGAAUGCUACAAACAACACAGCCUGCUCGCCGCCUCUAGCCAUUGGCUAUACCGGCGAUAAUAGCUCAAAUAUUAACAACAAUAAUAAUAAUAACAACAACAUUACAACGAAUAACAUCACAAAUGCUAGCGGAAGUAGCGGGAACAGCACAAACGGCAUCUGUCUCAGCACCUUGGAGAACAGCAGCGAACUCAUAUUGCCCAUCGCCGAGGCUCAAGCUGCUGGCAAGCCGCUCACCGAGGCCAUCGAAGAGUUCGAUGCCUAUUUACGCUCUCUAUCGCUGCACGAUACGGAGAUCAAACUGAUCACCGAUGGGCAGCUGCCGUUGCGCCAGUGCCUGCAUCGGGAGGCCAGCGCCAAGGACGUUGAGCUGCCUGCCUAUUACAACAGAUUCAGCGAUCUGCGCAAGGAGUUUCAGCGCUACAAGUCGGGCGAUCUGUCGCGUGCCCUGGUGCCCCUGAAGGACAUCAAGAAGAUGCUGCAGUCACCCGUUUUGCCCAUGCCGCAGUCCAUUGGUGAAAUGCUUAAAGAGCUCAAUGCAACGUCGUUGGAAGAUAAUGAUUUCUAUAUACGCGAAUCUCGCGAUAUGGUCACUGUGAUUCAAACAUUGCUCCAGGCGGGUCAUAAAUUUGAUACAAAUGAGCUCGUUAAUCUAAUACUGGAACCUGGCAUUUGCUCAAUUGACGACGAGGUGGACGGCAAUUGCAUUGUGCGUGCCCGUGGUUUGCCCUGGCAGAGCAGCGAUCAGGAUAUUGCCAAGUUCUUUCGCGGACUCAACGUAGCCAAAGGCGGCGUUGCUCUGUGUCUAUCGCCGCUGGGCCGGCGCAACGGUGAGGCAUUGAUACGCUUUGUUUCCCAGGAGCAUCGCGACAUGGCGCUGAAACGCCACAAACAUCACAUUGGCUCCCGCUAUAUUGAGGUGUAUCGCGCCUCGGGCGAGGACUUUCUGGCCAUAGCCGGCGGCGCAUCCAAUGAGGCGCAGGCGUUCCUCUCCAAGGGCGCCCAGGUGAUAAUACGCAUGCGCGGUCUGCCCUACGAUUGUACGCCCAAGCAAGUGCUGGACUUCUUUACCACUGGCGAGGCGCCGUGUCAUGUGCUCGAUGGCAAUGAAGGCGUUCUGUUUGUAAAGAAACCCGAUGGUCGCGCCACGGGCGAUGCCUUUGUGCUGUUCGCCAAUGAGAGUGAUUCGUCGAAGGCGCUGGGACGGCAUCGGGAGUCCAUUGGCCAACGGUAUAUUGAGCUGUUUCGGUCGACGACCGCGGAGGUGCAGCAGGUGCUCAAUCGAUCGAUGGACCCGAAGACCUAUGAGUCGAACAACCAUGGCCAGCCGCCGUUGAUAGCACAGUUGCCCACCAUGCAGUUGCCGUUGCUGCCGCAGGUGGGUGCCGCCGCUGGCCACGCCCUCAACCCGCUGACAGCUAACGCUAGCCACGCUAACCUGUGCCCCCAACUUACCCAUGCCCCACAGCAUCUCAUCACCUCGGGCACCACCAAGAACUGCAUACGGCUGCGCGGCCUGCCCUACGAGGCCAUGGUGGAGCAUAUCUUGCACUUUCUGGACGACUUUGCCAAGCACAUCAUCUACCAGGGCGUGCAUAUGGUCAUCAAUGCCCAGGGCCAGCCCAGCGGAGAGGCCUUCAUCCAAAUGGACUCCGAGGAUUCGGCCCGGCUGUGCGCCCAGCGCAAGCACAAUCAGUUCAUGGUCUUUGGCAAGAAGUUUCGCUAUAUUGAGGUCUUUCAGUGCUCCGGCGAUGAUAUGAAUCAUGUGCUCAAUGGCGGGCUCGGCUCGCCAGUGGCACCGCCGCCGCAUCCGGGUCAUGCGCAUUUGGCCGCUGCCGCCGCUGCUGCUGCUGCUGCUGCUGCCGCCGCCGCUGCGGGCAAACAGCCAUCGCUGCUCUCUCCGGGUAUGUUAGCUCAACCGCCGCCGCCACCCACCGGCGCUCAGGGCAUCGGCUCACACUCCCAUACACACGCACACUCACAUUCACACACGCAUGCGCACGCACACACACAUGCCGCUGCCGCGGCCGCAGCUGCUGCAGCUGCCCAUCAUGCAUUGCAAACAUCGCCGGUGGCCGCUGCCGCCGCUGCUGCCUCCAUGCUGGGCGCCACCUCACAUGCACCGCUCACCGCUGGCACGGCCAGCGGUCUAGCCGGCUUUAUGAGCGCCUCGCCCACGGCCACUAUAUCCAGUCACUCCUCCCUGGGCUCACUGUCCAGCAGUGGCCUGGCCCAAGGUGGCCUUUCCGCGGCACACGCCGGCUAUGCCUUUAAUCUCUCGCUGCCGCCCCUUGCUGGCGGUCAUUCGGCAGCCGCCGCGUCCAAUCCGGCGCUGCUCGCCCAGCAGCAGGCACAGUUUAUAGCGCAGCAGAGUCUGCUCGCUCGCCAACAGGCGGCCGCUGUGGCCGCGGAGCAGCAGCAUCAUCAGCUCUAUGCAAAUGCCGCAAUGCUGCAGCAGCAUCAGCUCUAUAUGCAGCACCCGGGCGCCGCCGCCGCCGCUGCCGCUGCCAUGGGCGGCCAGCCGCAAUUUGUGCUCAUGCAGCGACCCUAUCUGCAGCCCUUUCAGCUGGGCUACAUGCCCACCGCGGGGGGCUAUCAGUUCGCCGGCGCCAGCUCUGCCGCGCCGAGUGCCAGUGCAGCUGGAGCCGGCAAUGCCGCUAACAAUGCCGCCUUGGCGCUUCAAUCACAUUCCAUGAAGCGCUCCUAUGAGAAUGCCUUUCAGCAGGAUCCGACUGGAGCAGCGGCAGCAGCGAGUGCUGCCAAGCGGGCUUUGACCCGAGCGCAAAACAGCGUUUACUCCUACUAUAAUCCGGGCAUUUAGUGGGGCUCAAUCGUGAUUGAUGGCUUGGAUUGACUUCAAGCUAAUUUCGACUUUCUCUGUCUGUUAUCAAUCAUGGGUGAUUGUUGAAACUUCAGCUUUUCAAGCAUAUUCCAUUUGGGCACUUAGCGUUUUCUGUUUGCUCUUUAUCAAUCACAAUUGAGCGAUGUAAGAUGUACUGUCAAUGAAACUCCAACACUUCAAGCACAUUCCAAGUCAUUUGGAUUUGUUAUCAAACAAAAGCAUAUUUUAUUUAUAUUUUAUCAAUCAUGAUUGAUUGGUAAAUUUUCCCAUAAAUGAAACUCCGACACUUCAAUCACAUUCCAAGGCCUUGCAUAUAUUUUUUGUUCGUUAUCAAUCAAGAUUGAUUGACUGACGCUUAUCAAAUUGAACCUCGGCUUUUAUCAGGCGACAAUGUUUGCAAUGCAUCUUGAGUGGCAAAACAUGCAAUCCAUAUAAAUACCAUAGCUCAUCUUGGCGAAACACAAACACACACACACACACACAUACACAUACCAGAUAUUUUGUUAGCGCUUAAAUUUGUUUUUUUUAUUGUAAAUUUUUGUAGUAAAAUUUCGUAGUCGUAAGUCUUUUAAAAAUUCAAGCGACAAGUAAACGGAAAUACUUUUAAGCAUUUUGUCUAAGGUCUAAGCAUUGCACACAAACACGCACACAUACUGCACACACACACACACACACACACACAUACACUACUCACACCCACCACCCACCACACAAACCCGGGCAAGCUAACAAAAAUGUGCAACAAAAAAUUGUUUUCGUUUUAUCUUGGACUAUUCCAAAUUGUUUGUAAACUAAAAAUUAAUGCAGCUGAUUCGUAAGUUUAUGAAUCUAAUCUAUAUAAUACUUAACACUGCUAUGUGUAUUGUGUAUGUGCUUGUGUGUGUGUGUGUGUGGGUGCGUGGAGGGGUGUGUGGGUGUGUCUGUGUAAUGUACUGUAGUGUGUGUGUGUGUGCGAAACGCUACUUCAACAACAGAGGCUAAUGUCCUUCAAGCAGAGAGCGUUGGCUGUUUAAGUCUGUGUGUGUGUGUGAGUGAGUGUGCGCCACGCCCAUCAAGUGCAAUUUAUAAAUUAAUAUUUAAGCAUAGGCACACGCCCGAUACACACACACAGACACACACGCUCACUGCCUGAAGGGCGUCAGGUGUUGGCUCAUGCGUAAAAAAAAAAUUUAAUCAAAUUAAAAGCUAAAUCGAAAUGUGAAACAACAACAAAUCGAAACCCCUGCCCCGAAAAGUUUAAAGUUUAGACUAGAUUAAAACAUAUAUACCAUAUAUAUAUACCAUAAAAUAAUAAUAAUAAUGGAAAACAAUAUCCUAGCUUUUAAGACGUACAACUUGUAAAAUUGGUUGGUUACACAAAACAUUUUUGAUUAAUAUUUGAAUUAAGCACUAGAAAACUUUUCCUGUGUCCACAGCUGCUGCCACAGACGGGGCAUUGCGAUCUAUACGAAAGUGAAAAAGACAUUCAAACAUCUAUCUGUGUACUAUCCCAAAUGUAAUCCCGAUCUACUAUAUAUCCACAUAUGCUCAUAAUGGGUUAACAUACAUAGAUCGCAAUGUCCGCUGUUGCCGGCUUCUAACACUCAAAACUCAUUUAUAAAUGGAAUUUGAAUUUGAUUUUGGAAACUUUUUUAAUGAAUGAAUAUAUAUAUAUAUAUAAAUAUAUAUAUAUAUAUAUAUUAUAUAUAAGCGUAUAUAUAUAUAUAUAUAUAGCUUAUCGUAAAUCGUUAUAUGUAUACCAUUAGCCGAUAAGUGUGCGUAACUGGUGUUAGUCGCAAAUUGGAAUUCUUAUCGAUAUAUAUCAGCUCUGAAUUUUCUUUGUGUGUUCUCUGUCAUCACUAAUUUUAGUUUAAAGUCAAAACUCUGAAAACUCUCUCCCCCCUUUUUCUAUCUAUCCCUCUCUGUCUCUGGCUCUAUAUACUCACUCGUAUAUACGUCUAUAUAUAUACAUAAAUAUCUCUGGAUAUCAAGAGGGGAUAAGUCCAAAUUGCUUUUUAUCAUUUGUACGUUUCUUAGCGCUUUAGUGUCUACAUUUGAUCUGAUAAAAUACAUAUAUGGUUAUGGAUAUUUUUUGGGUUUAUGCUCUAAGUAUAUAUCUACAAAAUACGAUUAUAUAGUAUGUCUGUCAUUGUCUUUGGGUUGUGUGUGUUUUGCGGUCACUUAAUUACAUAUUCAAUGUGUGUAGAACGCGCUAUAAUAAUCCAAAAUCGGUCCGAGCAGAGAGUCGACAAAAAAACUUUUACCGAUCCUAACUCCUCUUCUGCGUCUAACAAACAGUUUUGCGCUGCUUCUUGCAUUUCUAUAUAUAAAAUAAAAUGGAUACAAAUUGAAAGCAUGGGAAAGAUUUUCAUAGCUUAGCAUCUAGUUUAAAUGUUAGUUAACUUUUAGUUCAUACGACAAUCGAGUGGUUUCCCAUGGGUUUUUGCAAUACAUACAUUUACGAUCUAUGGCUUCCAUACAAAAAAAACUCAUAAGCAGCCACUUAAAAAACAAUUUUAUUAAUAACAAUUAUAAUACAAAAUACAUUUUGAUUAACUUAAUUAGUUUUUAGCGCACAAAAACAAAAAAACAAAAAACAAACAACAAAUUUUGAUAUUUCAUAAUUUUUUUAAUGCUUAGUCUAAAGACAAUCGAAACUUUUAUUACAAAAAUUUUUAUACUUCAAUAAAUAUACAUAUCGCUA